UGGAGGAAUGAUCUAAGCCUAUAGCAUCACUCCAAGCUCCUUCGCCCUCUGUCCUGAAAUUGGAAAAAUGCAAAACGCGGUUUCGUGGGGUCCAUCCACUUGAAUCUUUUGCCACAAGUAACGUAGUUUCGGAGGGAGCUCUGACUUCUACUACCCUGCUAGACUGCUAGUACAUAAAAGCCAGUCCAUAGUUCACUUCCUCUUCCUGCAUAUACAACUAAGUUUUCCAAAGCUCACUCUCAAUUUGUUUCUCUUGUUUCAUCGUCCUCCUUUUCUCUCUUGUUUCUUCUAAAAAUUGGGUGAAAAUGAGGAACAGAAAGGAAUACCAAAUAAUUCAGCCAAUUACCAAUGAAGAAAGAUUUAGCAAUUACUAUUGCUAUUACCUCUUCUGGGUUGCGGUUGGUUACUACUUGUGGAAGAAAAUACUCAGCAUUACGGGGUACAGAUUCCACCCAACGGAUUUCGAGCUCCUCCAUUACUAUCUAAAGAACAAAAAUCUCGGCCGUGAUGCUCUGGUCCAAGCUAUUGCUGAAGUGGAAGACAUAUGCGGAUUAGAGCCUUGGGAAUUACCUGGACAUUCGAAUAUACACUCAGGUGAUCAGGUUUGGUAUUUCUUUUAUCGGCCGAAUUACAAGUACCGUAAUAGUACAAGGAUCAAGAGGACAACCAACGAAGGAUACUGGAAACCGACAGGCAACCCUCGUAAGGUAAUGGCUAGGGACCUCGAGACCGAGAUUGGCAAGAAAAGGACUUUGGUUUUCUAUAAAGGGCGUGUUAGUGACAACUACAAAAACAAGACCGGUUGGAUCAUGCAUGAAUACGAGCUCACUGCUACUCUUCCUAACCAAACAACUUUCAUUCUCUGUAAAUUGAAGAAGAAGUAUGCGAAGGCUGAGGUUCCAUGCAUAGAAGAAGGUCAAUCGAGUCACUAUUUGCCUCCUAACUUGGGAAAUUAUAUUGCACAUAAUGCAAUCCCGGCAGAGGCCGCCAGAUGCCUUACGGACCAAUCAGACCCUAAUGAGAUAUUAGCACGGCUGGAAUCAUUUAAUGACCAUGACGGGCUAGAAUAUCAAUCUACAGAGUUGUGGGAUUCAUAUCUUGUAGGUGAUGUUCCUAAGAACGAAGGCUCCAAUUUGGCUUUCAAUUUUGGAAACCACGUUGCAGAGAAUGCAAUUCCAAAUGACCAACUAAAACCUAGUGAUGAGGCACCAAUCCAACAAGAGGUACCUCAAGAUCAAUCUAGCACCAAUGAACAGGACAACAAUUUUGGGAAUUUAGUUCCUACUGAUGGAAUAAGCUAUCAACAUAAAUUCGUUGUCGAGAAUGAUGGAUCUACCAUGCCCUCUACUAUCCAAAAUCCUAUUGCCGCACAAACAGUUCAAAUGCACUUAUCAAAUUUGGGUGGAGCAUCAACGGAUGACCUGUUUGCAGAAUUAGAUCCGCUUCCAGAGGUCCAAGGAACCAGUAUUGGGCAAGGGUUUGAUGAUUGGAUUUCACCUGCAGAUACGAUUGGAAAUUAUCUAAAUAUACCCGAUGUUUCAGACAACCAAUCAAGCACCAAUGAAGAGCAAAAUCCAACUGCUGCAAAUGGUGGCUGUAGCUUGCCCUUUGCAGGCAUGAUGGAAUCACCCUAUCCCAUAAAUCCAUCCAGAAAGAGGUUACGCACGGAUUGUGAGGGAUUUGGCUGGGAUAAAUAAUCCCGCCCAUGCAGAAAGAAACACCCCUUUUUGUAAUAUUGGGGGCCUUUAGUAGGAAUUAAAGAAAGAGUUUCAGAUGAGAUGGUUGCCACUUGGAUUUGAACUGGUUUUGUAAAUUACGAUAUUAUAAUUUGUGAGAGUUUUGAAUGUAAAUUAUACUAGUUUUGUCUUCGCUUCAGUACAGAAAAUGGACUUUGGGCA